AAAUCCAAUGGAAACUGAAUUCUCAAAAUCCCUUCUUAACUAUCAACCAACCAUUCAUCCUAACGGAUAAAACUAUGGCCAUGGCCACCACCACCACCUCCUCCGCCGCCGCCCCACUCCUCUCACCGACCACCAAUUCCCUGCACAGAAUUACCAGAAUAGCCUUCAUAUCUGCCACCCCAAAAUGCAACAGGCCAAUAACCAAGCUCCACGUGUCCUCCAAGCCAGUAGCAGCCGCCACAUCCUCCUCCAAACCCAAUCAAGAAACCAUCUUUUUCGACGGCGGAGCUCACUACGGAGACCUUUUAGCUAACCUUCUUCUGGGUUUCACUCUUGUUUGGAUGCCGUUAACUCUAGCUGCAGUUUUCAGAGCAUUUUACUUGAGGUACAGGUUUACAAAUUUGAGGGUUACUGUUAUUUCAGGUCUAACUGGUCAAGAGAGAAGUGACUUUUCAUAUAAAGUGGUCAAAGAUGUUCAGGUUGUGCCAAGGUUUAUUGGGGAAUGGGGUGAUGUUAUUAUCACUUUGAAGGAUGGAACUAAGGUGGAUUUGAGAAGUGUUCCUAAAUUUAGAGAGAUUGCUAAGUAUUGUCUUUCUAUGACUGAUAAUCAAGAGCCUGGGGUUUUGAAGGAGACUGAUGGGCCUAAAGGCUUUUGAGAAAUGGUUAGUUUUUACUUAAUUUGUUGGAUUCAUACGUUAUUCUAUCUCUGAAAAGUUUGGGACUGAGGCGUAGUUGUUAUGUUGUGUAAAGUUUUCAUUGCAAGUUAAUUAUUCAACUGUGAUAAUGAUUCUAGUAUAUGUCAAAUUGAUUUGUAUAUUGAGAUGGGAAGUGUUUCUUUUAGUUGCUUAAUUGUAUUUCCUCGAUUUGUUUUGGUAA